GCAACUUCCGGAUCAGAAAAUGGACUCGUCAAACAGCUAGGGACAACGAAAAAAUUCUGUUCAGGAGGCUUAUCUUGUUAAAAUUUGAGAUUCUUUUGUACAGAUGUUGAUUGGAGAAUGUGAUGAGAGAAAGAACAGCAUACGAAACACAGUUUGCUUUGUAAAAUGUUGAAAUCGAAAGAUAUUUUAUAAUAGUGCGGAAUAUGGCGGAUCAACAUUCUCAUUAUAACAGCAGUCCAAAUGGACCUCAUAAUUUUAAUUCUUACGCACAACCAACACGCACUGGUCCCCCUGGUGGAAUGCAGAACAAAAACUUAGCAGGACAGAUAAUGAAUAGACCUCCCAUGAGUACCUCAGGCAAUGUGUUACAUACUAUGCCUCCUGCGGGUUACAAUGCUUCAUUGAAUGGACAUGGCACUCCUCCUCUUAGUAAACCACCCAUGCAGAGAAUGCAGCCCCCAAUGGGAUUACCUUCAAACAGAUUCCAACCUCCAAUGAUGAAUGUGUCUGCCCCAUCCCAGGCAUUUAUGAAUGGCCCAGUAAAUAGGCCUUCAAAUCCAAAUUCAAUUCAGAAGCAGUCUCAGGCUCAAAAUAUGCCUGUAUCUUCUAUUUCAUCAUCUGGAAGUUUACCCACUGGGAUUUCUUCAGCACCUGUUCCAGGAAUGCCUUAUUCAAGUUCUGCUUCUGCAGUGGACAGUUUCAAUGCUGUCCAGACUUCAUCUCAUUCAAACAGUCCAGUUCCCCUAAAUUUUUCUGCUCAACCGCCAGGCGGUUUACCAGAUCAGAGAACAGAUACACCACCAACAGAGGGAGGUUUGCCUGUACCUUUUCAUGGACAAGGCCAAUAUUCUCACCAAGUGGGCAUGUCACUAACUCCUGGAUUAACUCCUAACAAUUCAGAACCAACAUCCCGUAAAUCAUCCAGAGCCCCAUCUCCAUUGGAAACACAGUCUUAUGAGGCAUUAGAAGGAGGAGAUUUAUCCACUAAAACUGAAAAAGAGAGUUUCCCAGGAUCAGGGGAUGAUAAACAGGAUCAACAGAUUCAAAGCCUUCCUGGUGUUAGUAAUACAUUCAGCCAAGGAAACAGAAAUAGAGGGUCACCAGUCACUCAAGUUAAUCCUUCAACUGCCAUUGGAGGUCCACCUUCCACACACAGACCAAGUCCAGCAAUGGGACAAGGUCCACCUAAUCCUUACCAAAGCAAACCUGGACCUCAAGGUCCAAUGAUGGGACAACCGGGAAUAUCCCAUAUAGGAACUCCCCAGAGAACUCAAGGUCCAACGAUGGGACAACCAGGAAUAUCCCAUGCAGGAACUCCCCAGAGAACAGGGACGCCUACAUCGUACAGUGGUCAGCAACCAAGACAACCUGGUCCACCUCAAACAGGAUAUGGACAACAAGGAAUGGGGGUCCCAAGAAGUAAUGUACCACCUACAGGUGUACAAAGACCCAUUAGUGCACCAAGACCCCCUAUGAGUGCUCAACCUAACCCAUAUGGAUCCCCAUCUUUGGGAGGCCCCACUCCAGCUGUGGGUGGUUAUAUGCCACCAACUUCAUUUAGCGGCCAGCAACCUCAAGGGGUAAUGGCACCAUCAUCAAUGCAAGGAUCAUUUCCUCCCACAUCUUAUAGUGGUCAGCAGCCUCCAGUAGGUGGCCCCCCAUCAUCAGUAGCUGGAGGAAUGUAUAAUAAUCAAGGUCCUCCGUCAGGACCCACUGGUAUUCCACCAAUGAGAGCUCCGAUGCCCCCAGUCCCAACAAGUGUACCCUCUCCUGGGAUGCCACCAGUGUCGAGACCUGGGCCACCAACAGGUGGACCUCCCACGACAGGAGGUUUUCUUCAUCAACCUGGAAUGUCACCUGUAACUUCUGGUGCACCACCAACAUCUUAUGGUACAACUCAGCCACCUCCAACAGGAUUUCCUCUUCAGAUGCAACCAGGGCAUAUUGGCAGUACUCCCUCCCGACCUAAGUAUCCACAAAUGCCUACUUCACCUCCAACAACUUGGCAACCACAGAGCCAAAACCCUCCACAAUUUUCCCAGCCAGGUAGCUAUCAGCCAAAUGUACAACCUGGGGUCUACUCCCCGGGACAGCAGGGGUCAAACCAGCCAGGGGGAGGACAAGGUGGAAUACCACCAUCAGCCCCAGGGGGGUUCCCUACAUCCUCCCAGCCAGGGAACCUUAGUGCCAGUUUUAGUUCUAUGUCAGUACAGGACAGAGUAGUAAACUUAUUGAACGAGAAAAACCUGCUUCCACCAGAGGGGCUAGAAGUGGUGAAACCAAGAUUAAAUAACGAGUACAAAAAGGUCAACUGUCAAGCAGAUGUUUUCCGAUGUACAUUAACUGCAAUACCUCAGACUUCAAAUUUACUGAACAAAGCGAGGCUGCCUUUAGGAAUUCUGAUUCACCCAUUUAAAGAUUUGUCACAACUUCCUGUAAUACAGUCCAGUGUGAUAGUGCGUUGUCGAUCCUGUAGAACGUAUAUCAACCCCUUCGUUUUCUUCGUGGAUUCUCGGCGAUGGAAAUGUAACCUCUGCUACAGAGUGAAUGAAUUGCCAGAUGAAUUUUCCUAUGACCCAGUCAGUAAAACCUAUGGUGAACCACAGAGAAGACCAGAAAUCAAGUCAUCUACUAUAGAAUUCAUUGCACCCUCAGAUUAUAUGCUGCGCCCCCCUCAGCCAGCACUCUAUCUAUUUCUACUGGAUGUCUCCUUUAAUGCUGUAGAAACUGGGUAUUUAAGCAUUUUCUGCCAACUGUUGCUGGAAGAAAUUGACAAGUUACCAAGAGAUUCUAGGACCCAGAUUGGAUUUAUUGCGUAUGAUAGGGCAUUACACUUUUUUAACCUCGCAGAGGGACUAUCCCAGCCACAGAUGUUAACGGUGUCAGAUAUUGAUGACAUUUUCCUGCCGUGUCCUGAUAAUCUUCUAGUCAAUUUAAAUGAGUGCAAGGACCUGGUACUGGAUUUACUGAAUAUGAUGCCUUCUCUCUUUGAAGGAAAUCUAGAGACAGGAAGUGCUCUAGGUGCAGCACUCCAGGCUGCUCACAAACUAGUGAGCCCUGUUGGAGGUCGAGUUACUGUCAUGCAGACAGUGCUGCCCACAGCUGGACCAGGGUCUCUACAGUCCAGAGAGGACCCCAGCCUGAGAUCUGGCAAGAAUGUAACGAAUCUUGGUCCAGCAACAGAUUUUUACAAGAAACUGGCUCUGGAUUGCUCGGCUCAACAAGUAGCAGUAGAUUUGUUUAUGUUAAAUGGACAGUACGCUGAUAUAGCAUCAAUAUCUUGUAUAUCUAAGUAUUCAGGUGGGUGUGUCUAUCAGUACCCAUCAUUCCAUGCUGUGAAAAAUCCAUCAUUAACAGAGAAGUUUGAAGCAGACCUGAGGCGUUAUCUGACAAGGAAGAUUGGAUUUGAAGCUGUAAUGAGAAUUAGAUGUACCAAAGGUUUAAGUAUCCACACGUUCCAUGGCAACUUCUUUGUUCGUUCCACUGACUUGCUCUCGUUACCCAAUGUUAAUCCUGAUGCUGGCUUUGGAAUGCAAAUGUCUAUAGAAGAUUCUUUAGUUGAUACAAAUACAGUGUGUUUCCAAGCAGCUUUGCUCUACACAUCAAGCAAAGGGGAGCGUAGAAUACGAGUCCACACACUUUGUUUACCAGUGACAAAUCAGCUGUCUGAAAUCUACGCCGGGGCUGAUCAGCAGGCUAUAGUAGGACUUCUGGCCAAAAUGGCUGUGGACAGAAGUGUGACCUCUUCAUUAACUGAUGCCAGGGAAGCCCUGAUCAAUGCUGCCAUGGACUCUCUAGCAUCCUUUGGAAGCACAAUUCCUCCAGCUCAGAGAAUAGGAAGCCUACCCAUCUGUUACUCCCUCAGAAUGUUACCAACAUUUAUUUUGGCUCUUCUAAAAUCAAAAGCUUUCCGUGUAGGCCUGAACACGCCCUUAGAUGAACGCGUGUUUGCCAUGCAGCAGUGCAAAAGUCUGCCAGUAGGACAGCUUCUGAAGACACUGUCUCCAGAUUUAUAUCCAGUCCACAGCAUCGAAAAAUAUAAUACAGAAAAGAAAGGGGAUAUACUUGUGCCAAAGCCGCCAUUACUUCACUUGUCAUCUGCUAACAUUGACCGUACAGGAGUUUAUGUGAUGGACACACUGGACACUAUUUACUUGUAUGUUGGCAGUGCUGCACCACAAAUAUUUAUACAGGAGGUGUUGGAUGCACCCAACUUUAUGUCCAUUCCUGAAGGCUUGAUUGACCUACCAGAACUUGACAAUGAGAGAUCAGAGCUAAUGAGAAAUUUCAUCACUGACUUAUUAGACAACAGACCAGGAGGAUCUUGUUUCUAUGUCAUCAGAGAUGAUGGUAAGAGACGAAUGGAGUUCUUUGAGCGGAUGGUGGAGGACAGAUCAGAAUCCUCCAUGUCUCUGUACGAGUUCCUACAGCAUUUACAGAAGCAAAUCAAGAGUUGAUGUUUGUCUAGAGGGGACCUUCAGCCAAAAUGUGUUGUGUUGAUGUGAUACAAUUUUAUACAAGGAGUAAAAAAUAGGGAUGUAUAUUUGACUGCUUACUUACUGUGUCAAAGGUCAUGUAGUGUACAACUACCAAGUAGUCAAACUGUGAUGGUAUAAACAGAUAGGUGUAUUUCUGGACAUUAUAAAAAUAUCAACGUAUGUUUCUACAUGUGUAAUCAUGUACUUAUAUAUUUGAGCUUUCAAAGCAUGUGCUGGAUUGAAAAAUUAGAAACGUAACAAUUUUUGUUGAUGUGAUUUUUGUCUUUCAACAAAUACACAUUUUAUGUAGUUUAGUUGUCAUCUAUUAAGGUUGAGUGUAUGAAUGAGGGAGAAAAGGUUGUUCCAACUACAAUAUGAUUGAUAGAGAAGUCUGUCUUCUUAAAUUAUAGAAACCAAGUGCUUCUUGAACCCUCAAGUCUUCUGAGUUAAAGGGCACUUGCUAUUCAUACUACUGCUCUCUACUGUGCAUAGAAACAUGAUGUUACAAAUUAUGUAUGUUGCUACUAUAUUUAUUAAAUUUAUAAAAAUUAUGAUUUUUUAGAUAUCCGAGUGAGAGAAAUUAAUGUAUGUAUUCAUGACAUAAUUUAUCUUGUGUGUAUUGUACACCUGUAUUUUGAAGUUUAGACUAUUCACAUUUAAAACUUGCUUUGUGCAAUUACAGAUAGACAACUAUACAUUCAAUUUUUUUUUAAUUUGUUUAAAAAAAUCUUCAGUAUAACAAAUUCUGCAGAAUUUAAAAAAAAUUGAUUUUAAAACAUGACUUGUUGGAUUUACAAAGUGCAGAAUGAGUGCAAUUGCAUUAAAGCUUUGUUAGGUAGCUUUGUUCUACUGAUACAUGGUUGGUCUUCUGCAUGAGCCACAUUGUGUUUGCAAGAUUAUUGAAUGGUGUACGUCUCUGGUGCUUUUUCAUGUGUAUUGAAUACCCUUCAUUGUUGAUAUUCCAUUUGCUUUUAUGAUUGGUGGAGAUCUCUUAAUGUAAAUAUUCAAGUUUACUGUAUUUGACAAAUGCAAUCUGUGUCAUGUAAUUUUUUAGGGAAGAAUAAAUCUAAUAUAAAAGCCCAAAAUAAUAAAAUAGUUCAAAAGUU